GUAUGUAGGUUAUUCCACGUUUCCCCCUUCCUCAAAACUCCACCCCUUCUUCCUCUUUCUUGCACACCAAGUCACCUCGCCGCGCCAAACAAUAAAACGAUGGCUCCAAGACCUUACGAAAACAAAUUCCGCGUCCGCCGUCCAAACCCUACCUCAACACCCGCAGUCUACGCAGUCCCCUCAGGCCCGCACCGCGGCGUUCAUCUCCUCAGCAACGAGCCCCUCCCUUCCUCCAUCCAAUACAUGUACCGCCACCCCAUCAACGUCCACAAAUCCCUCCUCACAAUAGACCUGACCUCCACAACCACGGUUCCCAAGCGCUUCGACAGUAUCGAUGCAGCGCAACGGUAUAUCGACGCUGUUGAUGAGAAGGGACAGGAGGCGAAGGAGGGGGAUUUGCUGGCGGAGCAGUUGGCCCGUGGGUUGACCCUGGGAAGUGGGAGUGGGAGGAGGAGUGAACCAGUUUAUAGAAGUUUGCCGGAGAGUGUGAAGGGGAGUGUUAGCGAGAGGGAGAGGAGGGUCGAGGUUCUUGAUGGGAUAGUGGGAAGCGGGAGAAGGGCAAGGAAGGUUGAGAAAGGGGGCUAUAGUCGAAGUCACACCGGGGUUGGAGAACGUGGGGGCGCGGCUGCUCCGGGUGGAAGAGUGGAGAGCUGGAGGAGGGGAGUCGAGGAGAGGUUUGCCGCUCUCAGGAUUUGCGCAGGGGUUGCGGCGGGUAGGGACGAUAUGAUCGAUGAGUAAAGCGGGCUAUUGUUGAUACCGAUAUGGGUUGAUUCCAACCCAUUUCCUUUCCAUCUGUUUUCCCCAGAGCGUUCUGUGAUCAGUUGGCUAGCGUAUAGAUGUACAUCGAGUGCGUUGUUUCCUAGCACCAUGAGAUUUCUUUAUUC